AGUGAAUUAACCCCUGUAAUAGGUUCAGAAUUCACGGAGGAAAGCGAAGUACCGCAUACCAAUGAUCCUAACGAUUCACUUGCUGAAAUAAGAGACGAUUUAUUUGGGAGGAGUGAAGUUAUUGAAAAGGAGAAAGAGAUAAUGAGCGGAGAAUCACAGAGUUUUUCUGAACAAGGAGACUCAAGUAAAGUGGAAAUCCAAAACCGUGAAAACCUCUCUAAUCACAGCAAGAAACAAAAUUCCAAAGAACUUGUUUCAAAAGGAGGAAAAAGAGAAAAACCAGGAGAAUUAUCGGUGAAGAAGCUGAGAAAAGAUCAGUGUUGUCAAGCUGAUAGUUUAAGAGAGAACUCAAAAAGUGAUGAAGUUCAAAUUCUGAAAGAGAAACUCGCUGUGAGUAAGAAAGACACGCAGACCAUGCAGAAGGUGUUAGAAGACGUUCGUAAAGACUACGAAGAUCUUCAGAAAAACUUUGAAAAAAGAGAGAGCGAAGCAAGAAAUAAAGGAUUUAUUGAGGAGAUGACAAAGGAAAGCAAUGAAAUUAAAAAGGAAAAAGCUGAAGUUAAACGCAAAGGGUCGAAAAAAGAAUGUAAAAGUUCGGAUGAGUUGAGAUCGUUGGAGCUAGAUAAGCCGAUUACGGUCAAAGCGGCUAGCGACAUGACCUGCCCUUGCUUUGCGCAGAGUUUUCGUAAAGUUGUAACGGAUGUUACUGAGGAUUUUAAAGAAACCAUCUCGCUGAUAAAACAAAGUUCGCAACAGGAAAAGGAGAGGAUUAGAAAAGAACUUGCCCAGUUAAACGACGAAUAUAAAUGCGCUUUGGAGAGAAGAGAUUCUGAAAUUCAUGCAUUUGAGGAGAUGAUAAAAGGUUUGCAAUCAAGGAUACGUGAAAGCGAACGAGAAGUUGCAAGUUUUCGAGAUGCAGUGUCGUCAGCUUAUGAAGAAAAGAUUAGACUGUACGAUGAUAUUUGCGCGUUAAAAGACAAACUUGCAAAGGUGGAGCGUGACGGCGAAACAAGUCGCGCUGCCUUAGAAAGAAUAAAACACGGUUUAAGGAAAUUUUGCACGGCUGAAGAGUAUGAGGAACUGGAACAUCAAAGUUUUCGAUUUAGGGACUGUGGAGAACUGGAAGGAAGUCCUAGAGAGCGAAGCGAAAGCGAUGAGAGUGGAACUGAGGUUCAUGACAAACUGGCGAAGUUUCAUCCGGUCUUAAAAAAGGCCAAAAAGGAAAUAACCAAGCUAAAGGAACAGAAGCAGGAUGCCGAAAAUCGUUGGCAAGAAAAGGUCUCUCAAGCGACGGAGAAGGAGAAGCAGUUAUGUAAGAAGUUGAAAAAGGCUUUGAGCGAGUUGAAACAAAGCCAAAGUGAUACAACAGAGCUUUCAAAACAGUUGGAAGCAAUAAAACUUGAAAAUACCAGACUAAAUACUGGUUCUGAUGAACUAGAAGGAGAAUUGGAAGAUUUGCGCAGAGGGUAUGCACAAGAGCUAAGAACGUUGAAUGACAAGUUGAAGAUCUCGAACGACAAACUGAUGCAUAGCCAAGAAAAAUAUAACCAACUGCAAGAGGAAAAUAAAAUAUUACGUGAUGACUAUGACGAUUUAAAGAGUUUCGUGGACGAAAUGAACGCAAAGAAACUGAAAGACGUUGUUAUUGAUGGCUCUGACAACGGGGACGAUUUAUCGGAGCUACUGAUAAAGGUGAGAUAUCGAUUUUAUUAUUCUUUCAAAAUAUUUCGCCGUAUCUGAUUGGCUCAAAUCUCCCGACUAACUCUCCAUGACUACCCGGCGUUAGGUGAGAACGAUAUACGAUCGAUUCGAUGAUACAUUUGCUUGGAGACGAGGUUGAUCGAUGGUAUAUUUGCGUGGAAACGAGGCUGUUUGAAAUGGUGUUUUACAGCUAUCUGAAGACAAACUAGCCGAAUUCCUGACUGUUACUGAACAGAAGAACUGAACGUAAGAUUUCAACAGUUACGUGCGACUUAAAGAUUAAUGCAGCUAGCCCCUGGUUUUAUCCAGCAUAGAAAUAUAAGUAGCUGCCUCUAACCUUGACGCUACGCGCGAAAACCGUAAGACUUCACGGGAAUGAUGAUUCCCAAGAUAAAUCGCGGUCCGCGUGAAAGAAAGGAGGGUCUGCUGGGAAGGAGGCAGCUAAUAAAGGAUUCAAAAGGCAUCCAAACGAGGUUAGUGUGUCAAUAUGAUGAUCUUUUGGCCUCGUUUCCAUGUCAAGACGGCUGAUACAUAUGUAAUAACAGUCAUUAAGAGCGCAAAGUCGCAGAUAGUUUGUAUCGUUCGUUAAAUAAAAGUCGUUUGGAGGCUGUAUGUUCUUGACAACGUUAAUGGAGGGCGCUUUCCAUUCAACCCAAAAUUCUGGAAAUUUCCGUUGGUACAUCAAAUGCAACGGUCUGAUUCGUUUUGGUCCGACCGGAAUAUUCGGGACCAGCUUUAAAGGUGGUCCACUUUGAUCCGGUUAUAUCGGUCUGUGCGACCGAAAUGUCCCUUUCCAUUUCCAGUACCGCUCUUGUAUCCUUCUUACAAGAACAAUAACCAAACGCGCGGUGGCUUAUGUCUGGUCUGUGUAACCAGAAUGUACCGUUAGCAUAGGCGUACGGGCAAUUUUUUGCAAAGCUUUGCAAGGGGGGGCGGUAAACCAUUUGCCCAAAAAAUUCUUGCAAGUCGACCAAAUUUUUACAAAACAGUCGAACAGAAACGAGGGCCAUACGAUGCAAAAACAUAGGCCGUACUAGCAUAUGAAAGUGGCUCGAUACAGUUUUUCAGGGUCAAUACCUGUGAAGUUUUUUUUGAGCAUAGACUACGACACCAUAAACAAACAUUUGGAAAAAUUGCCACCACAGUUGUAUUAGAUAAAGAUGAAAAUUUGUUAUGAUCCGGGUUGCAAUAACAUCGGAGUUGUCCUAGCAACCAAAUGACGCCAUUACCUAUUAUACUUGCAGCAACAUUUCUCACUGGGAACUGUUGUUCCAAAAUCGUUCACGGGAGCCUUUUCCUCCAAUAGUCGCCUCGAUGUUCGUGAAGUUAAAACGGAUUGUAAGAGCGUUGCGGAGAUGUUUUGGGAUAAAGUUUUUAUCGUUAGAAAUACGGUAAAAAAGGAAAAUCUUGAUGUUUGGCCGUUAUCUGUAGAAAACGAAGCGCUUUUGACAUGCAAUUUCACCUCAUAGUAGUUUCAAUCUUUCUAAAAACGUGGGUAAAAGAUCAUUGAGAUUGCUCUGGCCAAAAAAGGAUUUGAGUAUUUAGUAUGUAUCAUGGAGCUCUUGUUAGCGGUUUUGUAAACAUUUCGGUCUACUUUAACAAAUUACCGGUAGUGAAUAAUUUUUAAACCACUCGAUAGAUUUUUUUUAAAAAAAUUACGAUUCUUCGCGUAAUGACCGUAAUUCAAACUGAGAAUUAGUCAGCCACUUCUUCACUUUCAGACCCAUUGCUGAUGCUAUCUGCCAUACACUGUUCUACGAGCGGAGAUGAUUCUAGAAAGUUAGGCGGAAGUUUAUUCUAAUCAAUUCACGACUGGAAAUAGCCCAUUGCAGUACAGUGCCCAACAAUGAAAAAAAAUCAGCACAUGAUACCCUUCCCUUAUAACCAAAAACUCAUUACUUGCUAGGCAACCACUGUCUCGUGUGAAUAUAACAGUACUGGAUUAUUAUGCCAACUUCAGGUUAAAAUAGAAAAUAUUUAUAUCUUCAAAAUAAUGAUUUAAAAAACAAGGAAACGUCUUAAAAAACUGGCUUUGCCCAAAUUUUCUCUCGCUGCCCAAAAAAUCUGAGUUGCCCAGAAUUUGGGGGCUGCAGUCCCCCCCGCCCCCCCGUUCCGUACGCCUAUGCCCGUUAGAUUGGGCACGUGGAAUUUCCGAAAUUUCAAACCGGAAUUUUUGUUGAAUGGAAAGCGCUUGGAGUUUAUAAUACCGAGAAUUUAUUCCUUGUAGGACGAGGCAUCGCUAAAGAAACAGCUUCAAGUUGAGAAAGACAGGAACGAAAAAUUCCAGAACGAAAUACAACUUCUGAAAAAGGACGUUGAUCUGUGGAGAGAAAUAGUUAGCGAUGAGGGGUUUACUGGAGGUGUGGGAUACCUGAAGAUUGAAAAUGAAGAUUUAAAACAGGAAAUAGAAGAUCAUCAGUAAGUGAGAAUCGCGUACAAUAUUCAGGAUAAAUAAUUAUAGAGAAGAACAUCACAGUUAAAUACGCAACUAACGCAGUUGCGAAGAGAAAGCCCGAAAAAAUUUAGGCUUGCCGGGAUUCGAACCGUGACAUCUGCAACAUCGGUGCCCGGGGAGUUAGGGGGGGUACUUCCUAGUAGUAGGCUAAUGGGUAUGUAUCGCUGGAUGGGGUCGCAUUUUCACGACUGGAUUGACCAUUAUGUAUCAGGUUGCAUUUUUAUAAGAGUUACGAGAAUAGCGUCGCACAAUUUCAGGAUUUGGGGGGUCAGAAAAUUCAGCUCUUCAGGGAUUUAAAAAUGGAAAUAUUUACACCACAUUAAGUUUAACAAACGUGUCAGUUCAUUUCAGGAUAACCUAUAAGUAAAAAGGCUUUAUAAGGUAGAUGCAUAAACAAAAAGUGACUAAAAAAUUGCACGCAUGACUAGUACGCACUGACCUCACUAACACUUUGAGCUCUUAAGCUUUUUAGCUCACCCCAACAACGCAUAAUUUAUUACAAGUGGUAGAGUGAUCAAACCAAACAUUUGUAGGCCCGGGCCUACAGGUCUAUGGGCUGGCUACGCCCCUGCUACAGGUCAAGAUGAAGUAAUGAAUAUAUGAAAUUCAUAUAUUCAUCCUUUCACUAAGGAUAAAGUUAGCCGAAAAAUGUUUCUCGAUUCUAGUGAAAACCUGUUGCCCAAGGGUGCUUGCGUUUCGCCAAGUUUUGUAAGGAAAUGUAGGAACAGUUCGCUCGCCCAAGGGUGGCUCAGGUAGAGGACUGACUGGAACCUACGUUUGAUAAGCAAAACCACAACUCUGGCCGUGAAUCACAUUUUUUGAUACAUUCCCAUUUGUCAAAUGUAGGCGAACUCUAUCGGAGUCGAUUUCCAAAAAAUCAGAUUAAAUUUCAGAAAGAGAAAAGUGUUGUAAUUUGAUUGUGUGUUUGUUUCCUUAUUUAGAGUCGUCAUCAGACAGCUUAUAUCGAAGAAGAAGGAGCACAUCCGAAUCAUCAAUAAGUUGCGUACAGAAAAUAGUUUGCUUAAGGUAUGGCAGGAUAAUUUUUCCCUCUAGUCAGCUGUCUAGUUGCCCUAGGCUAACACCGGAACUAGUUAAAGAAUGACUUGACAACCAACAAUUUGACUAACAAUACACGACUGUUUAACUGUGACAAUAGACGGAUGGCAACGCACCAAUCACUGAUUACGAGUCUUCAUAGCCAAUAACAUCACGGCUUAACUGAUAGACGAACAAAAACAUCGCGACUUAAUUGACCAAUCAGGUCAAAUAACCAGAGUUUAAUACCAUCAACUGACGUGAUACAACUCACUUUGACUCUGAAGAUGACUACCACACAGGUUGUCGAAACGUCAGUCACUGUCAACAACAACAGUCCUAUUCAGGACUACGUUCACUGGGACGAUCGUGCUCAACCUACUUAUGAAAUGACCAAAGGGUUCAAACCUUUCAAAGUAAAGUAAGAAUCUGCAUUUCCCUCCAAGUUAGCCUAAAAAGGUUUUUACAUAAAUAGUAGAAAGCACAAAUUUAGGCCAUUCAGGUUCGUAAAAAAUUUCUUAUUUUCUGAAGAAAAAAGAAAUACAUUGUAGCUAAGAGUAUUAAGUGGUCUUUAGCUUAUUCCUUAUAUAAAAUCUGCAUACCAUCACAUUGCAGUGGGCGUGAUAAGGCACCUAUGUCUCCAAAGAGGACUCCGAAUGUUGACUUAUCUUAUUUGCCCAAGUGUACAGAAUUUUUUAAAAUAGAUUUAGAAAAUAUGAACCUGCUUCAAAUUUUAGGUUAAUCAGGUUCUUGUUUAGAGGGGAUCGAACUGGUAAAUUUUAGCCCAACAGGUUCUUCAAAUCCCGGCUCUUACACGCGGGUUUUUGUUGCAUCUGCUGAUUGGAAUCCGGAGUUGGCCUUCCAUUACAAAAAAAAUUUCACUGGCUACUGCUAUUUUAUCAUAAGAUUAAGAGCACUUUUUGGUGAUUUUUUUUUUAUCGUUGAAGUCUUUAUUGGUACUAUUGGGUUUACAUACCAGUCACCUAUUAACAACGUCCAUUUUAAGGGGAAUACUCUCAUAUGGACGAUCACCCCAGCGCACAAACAACUGAUACUACUGGGUUCACAAAUCAGCCACCAACAACAGUCUUUUUGAAGACUACACUCACAUGGACGAUCAAGGGCACGGUUAUUAGACCUGGAUUCCAAGCUGUAUCCUAGCAAAGGCUCUACUGUCAGGGUGAUGGUCGAUCACACUCGACAAACUAAUGAUAGCUAGCCCGGAGUUCAACUGAAUAUUUUUUGCAAGGAAGUCACUUCACUGAGCAAAUCUCAGUAACUCUAAAGGUGGCAGGUUUUAGUCUAAAGACAUUUCACUCGACAGGGAUCGCCGAACACACCUAAAGAUAAACAUGAGGAUUCGUUGCUCGAAUCUGAGGAUGAACUGGAAAGCGAGGUGCCUGAUACGACAUCAACACAGGAACUUCAGAUGAAAUUUGACAAGAAUGGAAAAAUGGAAGACGAAAAACAAGUUAGUAUCCAGAUUUCCAUGCCAUAAUUUAAAACGAAAAAAUAAGUCUCACCGUAAUGGGAUGAUGUCGUAAGGGCCGCUUAUUAGGAGGGUCAACUGUCGGAGUUACGUUGCGAGAUAAAGAGAACCGCUGACACUGGCCUGGUUGCCGCGAGUGCAGUUUAGUUUUUUGUUGUAUUGUGCAAACUAAAUCAGGGUUGUUAAUUUAUAAAACUAGUGGGACUGAUAAAUUUUAUUAAGAAAGCAAACAACGAAAUGAUCUCGCGUUCAAAUGAACCAAUCAGCUUUCACCGCAAGUACACAUUGCCGUCGAAAGCGCGGGAAAAAAUUCAAACAGUGGGAAGCGUCACCAAAUUUGGAAUAACUUUGCGAUAUGGGAACUGAUGACGUCAAUCGUGCAGCAAAGUUGCCAGAUUAUUGAACGGUCAAUCGAGAAGGUCUGGGGACGAGGUUGACUUGUUUUGGCAGUGAAUACAAAACGGCGGAAUAUUUCACUCGUUUCAUGAGUGAAGAAUUAGGCGAACUAUUGACUAAAAACAUAGCAGGACGGCAAGAAGACAACUCGACGGACUGCAUCUGCUAUUUGGGGAAUAUUUGCAGAACUGAACAACCCUUUAUCAAAGAUGAACUUAAAAUCGAUGGAGGUUAGUAUGUUUUCGCUUGUUUUUAAACAAGGAAUUAUUUUGAAUGCAUAAUAAAACCAUUCUUAAAGAAAAAGAAGUAGACAGCCAUGACAGCUCCUUUAAUACUCAGAAAACCAUCCCUCCGUUCCUUUAAUAGACUGAAUUUUCUGAUGAAGAGGAAGAUUCUCUAUUUGUACAGUUCAUGGACGACAACGAUAGAUUACAUAAGGGUCUUAAUCUCGCGGAAAUUCUUGAAUAUGACACAAGCGUGAGCGAAAAGGUA